GAAUUACUUACUGGGAGCCAAGGAAUUGUCGGUUCUUCCAAUUAUAUCCUUGCCGCUUGCUUCAUGCUUCCCCUCUUCGCGCCUCAUUAACGUGGACGUCGAAGACCACUUCUCAGUUCUUUGCUUCUCUCUCUGUACCUGAAAAUCUGCUUAAGAUGGAUUCUUCAAGGCAGGAUUGCCCUUCCGACACUCUUGGGUUUAUGGAGCUUGCAAUUCAGCAGGCCAAACUCGCAUUGAACAGUCUUGAAGUGCCUGUGGGCUGUGUGAUUGUUGAAGAUGGGAUGGUCAUUGCCACAGGAAGAAAUCGCACCACUGAGACCCGAAAUGCUACCCGACAUGCGGAGAUGGAAGCUAUUGACAUUUUGAUUGAGGCAUGGAAGAGGGAUGGGCUUUCAACCUCAGAAGUUGCCGACAAGUUCUCGAAGUGCAAGCUUUAUGUUACCUGUGAACCGUGCAUUAUGUGCGCUUCAGCCCUAUCAAUACUUGGUAUAAAGGAAGUAUAUUAUGGUUGUGCAAAUGAUAAAUUUGGUGGAUGUGGAUCUAUAUUGUCACUUCACUUGGGUAGCUGCGAGGCACAUACAAGUGGCAAUCGGCAAGGAAGGGGGUUCAAAUGCACUGCAGGAACAAUGGCGUCAGAAGCAGUGGCUCUUUUUCGAAGUUUUUACGAACAGGGGAAUCCUAAUGCUCCAAAACCUCACAGGCCACUAGUUCACCAUCAAGCUGGUCAAUGAGAGACUGUUGAUGAGUUUACUUUUGGUUACGAUACCAUUCCUGUCAAAACCGGCACUAACAACGAUAAGAGCUUUUGGAACUGGAAAAGGGGUUCAGAUGAAAUUCAAUCCACACUUAAUUCUUGUCUCAAACAAUAUCAGUUUCGAGCUUGACGAUACCAACCUGAAGGUCAUUGCUUUAUGUUUUGAGAGUAGGAUAUUUCUGCACACUUGGCAUUGGAACUGCUACCUGAACGACUCCUAUAUGUUCAUAUUGAUUCAAAUGUUCUAUCACAUUGUAAUUAAAUUCUUUUCAUCUAUUUGACUCAAAUUUCAGCCUUAACCAAAAA